CUCCCCGCGCUAACUUUCCCGAGCCCUGCCCGGCGGCGCAGAGCUCCCCGGCAGCCUCCGGCCCCACUGCAGACCGCGGGCUGCGAGCGCGGGUGUGCCCUGUAUCCCGUCCCCGCGCCCCGGGGGCGCUCCGGAGAGAACAGAACGAUGCCCGGGGCUCGGGACCAAGGCGCAGCCCGGGAGAGAUGGCUGAGCAUUGGGCUUUUGGGUCUCUUCCUGCUCCCGGUGUCCCUGUCGUUGGAGGUGUCUGUGGGAAAGGCCACCACCAUCUACGCUGUCAACGGCACGGAGAUCCUGCUACCCUGCACCUUCUCCAGCUGCUUUGGCUUCGAGAACCUACACUUCUGGUGGUCCUACAACAGCAGUGAUACAUACAAGAUCCUCAUAGAUGGGACUGUGAAGAAUGAGAAGUCGGACCCCAAGGUGAAAUCGAAAGAUGAUGACCGCAUCACUCUGCAGGGCUCCACAAAGGAGAAAAUGAACAAUAUUUCCAUUUCGCUGAAGAACCUGGAGUUCAGCGACACGGGCAAAUACACCUGCCAUGUGAAGAACCCCAAGGAGAAUGAUUUUCAGCACCAGGCCACCAUCUUCCUCCAAGUUGUUGAUAAAUUGGAAGAAGUGGACAACACCGUGACCCUCAUCAUCCUGGGUGUCGUGGGCGGGGUCAUUGGGCUCCUCAUCUUCAUCCUGCUGGUUAAGAAGUUCAUUGCCUUCAUCAUCAAGAAGACUCAGGAGAAGAAGAAGGAGUGCCUCGUGAGUUCCUCAGGGAACGAUAAUACCGAGAAUGGGUUGCCCGGCUCCAAGGCGGAAGAGAAAGCACCAACAAAAGUGUGAACCCUGCUUGGGGCCAAGCAGCUGCCGGGAGCCUCACUUUCCUGUGAUGAAACCGAUGCUUGAGCCGUGUCCGUGACCCCAUGUGCCUGAGAACAUCUGCUGCUUGGCUCAAACUGUAGUCUUCCCCGGGCGGGGAGAAACUGGGGUCCUGUCCCGCCUGCCUCAUCCCCUACCUCCCACCAGGGCUCCCCAGGGACAAGGGCUGGCCGGGGAAAGGAACCUGCGGAAGGUUCUGGAAAGGAAAGGAGGGGCUGGGGCGGUGCGGGCGGAUGGCCUGUUCCCCGACACCGGGGUAGAUGUUCUUCAGCGCACCCCACCCUAGAUGAGGAGCACCUUGGUUUUCCUCCUGAUGUCUCUUUGUGAGAGACUUGGGGGGGUCGGUGAGGGCUGCCCCAGUAGCUGGACUCUGAGUAUGGAGGACUAAGCCUUUUAUGGUGGGAGCGGCCGGAGGACUCUCUACAGGCUCUGGGGGUGGGGGCCGCUGGAAGGAUCCUGCAGGGACAGGCUUCGAUGGACACCUGGUUCCCCGUGCCCCUCCCCCCACUCUGCCCCUGGGUGCCUGCUUGCCUUGGUUCCCCCCACCCCCACCCCCAUGCUGCUCGGAGGCUCUGAAGACUCCCAGCUAGGGCUGCCUCUUUGUCUGAGGGGGUCCUAGUCCACUUGGCCUGCUUUUCUAAUCUCUGGGCUCCGAGGACUCAUGAAGGGGUCCCUCAGUCCCAGAGCACUGGGCGCCACUUAUUCCUUUCUGUUUGGGGCAUCAGGGCUGCAGCGGUGGGCCUCGUGGCGGCAGAACGCCCACCAACGCUGGCUGCCCCUUCUCCUUGGCCUGGCAGGACCGUGGCCACUCGUGGGAACUCCCAACCGGCUCCACCCUGCUGCUCUUCCUCCGAAGCAGCAGGUGGCGCCGUCUUGCUUGAGGAGCUGCUCCCUCCUGUGUUCCUCUCGCUUCUCCCCGCCCAGGGUUGUUCACCUCCAUCCCUGGCUCAAGGCUUGCCUUCACCUCAGGGACCCUCUUGCUUUGGAUGAGAGGGCGCUUGGGUUUGCUGGCUGCUUCCUGCUCAUCUGUCCCCUCCAUCCGCAGUCUGGGGUCGGGGAGGGGCAGGUUGAGAGUGCCCACAGUUUUCCUCUGCUUUUCUGUGCACUGGUUUGCACACCCCUUGUGUGUGGGGCUAGACUGUGCCUUAGCUCCUGAGUCCUGGCUCAUAGCGUCCUCUGCCCCCUCCUUCAGCCCACGUGGAACAGCCAACUCUGGUGGGGCCCUGGUGAGGGGUCCCCAGCCGCCCACACUCAGGGUCAGGCAAGAGACCGGGGAGCUAACGCCCCCGGGCCAGUGGCUGAGUCCUGGAGGCCUCUGCCAAGUGCUCCUAGGGCCCUGCCAUGUCAUGGUGUUGGCCCUGUGGGUUGAUGAAGUGGAGGAUGGACGGGGUUGUGAUCAUGGAGGAAUCUACCAUCUGCUCCCACCCACCUCGACCUCUCAUUAAAUUUCUGACACUCCCUCCUUUGGGGCCCAGGGAGGAAUGAGAGGGGGAGUAGCCCCUUUUCCAAAGUGUGUGGGGACUGCCUAAGGGCUCUCCCUGCCAACAAUCAGCAGUGAACGUCCCAGCAAGGGCCCACGCAGAUCUGCCUCCGUCCCUGUGUCUUCCUUCUCCCAUCCUAGGCUCAGGUUCAGGCUUUCCUGUCUUUAGGAGCAGACAGGCCAGAGCCACCAGUUAUUCGGGAAACUUCUCCAGUUUCCUUCAUGCAGAACCACUUUCUUUUCCUUUCCCAGCUUCAGCAUUUGGACAGGCAGAGUGUCUUGGGCUCCUCUGACUUCCCUGAGAAGGAACCAAGGCAUACAGAGUAUGGGAGAGGGAGAGCAUCAUCCUCUCUACUUCUGGGUCUGCUGCUGACUCAUAGGCAGAUCAUGUACCUUCUCUGGGCUCAACUUUCCCUAUCUGUAAAAUGGGUGUAAUAAUACCUACUCCACAGGACUGUAAGACUUGGCAAGUUUUGGCUUAAAAAAAGUCUUUUUGGCUUGGAAAGGGAUCUAGGAGUUCAGGGAUCAUAAUUAGAGGGAGUGUUCCAAGUCCAUCCUGUCCUCUGUGUCCUAUCCCUAUAGUGCACACUCACACACACAUAUACACACAUUCUCACUCUCUUUUCUGUCUCUGUCUUCCCACCCCUCCCCCUUAGAAUUAUUUUAGCCUUUGUAAUGUUAGAAACCUUGACUCUGAUACUUAAAGCUUCUUGUCCAUGGCUUUUGUUUGGUAGUUUUCCAUAGAGGUGAUUGGAACUCUAGAGAGGGACACUUUUGGUUGCUCCAAGGCCUGAGGGCUCAUGGCUACUGGCAUUUAAUGAGUGUGAGGGCUAAGAAUGUUCAACUCAGUCCCCACAACAAAGACUGUCCAGCCCCAAGGCUGAUUAUACCCAUGGAGAAACUCUGGCAUGAAUUUGCAGUGGAAGAUGUGUGGGCAAAGCCAUCUUCCGAAGCAGACCCUCAGCACAUGCAGGUCUCUGAGAGUGAUCUUCAGGGACUGGUGAGGGUGUUUUCAGGGUGUGUGGGCUAGAGAGAGCAUUCACAAUGUUUAACUUGGGAGCGCAGGACACAUGCAGUUUCGCUGACGCUAAAGUCAGGAGACCACAAACAAAGUCUUUCUCACUUCCCCUUUCUUGACCCCCAAGUAGGACCUGAGCAUUCCAGGCCUUGGGAUUCUCCUGGUGUAGGAGCUGUGCAGAAGGCAGCCAGAAUGAGCCUGGAGAGGUCUGGGAGGACAGCUGGUGGAGCUCAGACUUUCACAUCUGGCUGGCUGCCCACAGCUGGAUGCAAAAGGAAGGGCGUAAGAGCGAGCUCCUGAGAUGGGAGCAGCUGAGGGUGUGUCUGUGUGGACUGAGCGUGUGGAAAUGCAUGGCUGUGGGGGGGGGGGGGGGCCGUUCAGGGGCGUGGGGAUGUGUGGAGGUGUAUAUAAAGGCUGAGUGUGCCUGAGAUGGGGGAGAUUCUGUACAUUUCAGAGCCCUCUUUCCUGGCCUGAACUCUACCUGUUGGGGCACCUGGAGUCUGAGAAAGGAGAAGAGACAGAGGGAGAGACCAGCUGUGCUCCUGGGCCCCAUAACACCAUGAUGCCAUCUCACUGUCACAGCUGCCGUCAGAGUGUGGCGGGGAGGGGGUGCUAGGAGAAGGGACUUCUCUGGGGGAAAUCCUACAGCUUGCUUGACUACUGUGUCCCAGGGAGUCCCUACCCUCCCACCUCCCACCUGAUACGCAGUGCUUUCGACUAUCUUAUGCAUGGUUUAUCCCUCUGGCUUGGAUAACAACAAUACUCAUAGUCAAUUUCCUGUAUAACUAUAGAUCAAAACAAUGCAGCACAAACGGGCCUUGGGGGGGGGGGGGCCUCAGAUCUGCAGGUGCCUCUGGGAGGCGCAGAUGUGCACACACCAAGCACUUACUUGUGUUCAAGCACAGAAUGAAUGUGAGCUGACUGUCUUGCCUUGACAACAUGUUUUGCUUUGUAGAAUUUUAUUUAGUUUUGCCUUGGAUGAAAUAAAAAUUAUGUUUAAUAGAAA